AUGGCCCGCAGCCCUCCGCGCCUUUGUCCGCGCGGCCUCCCCAGGCCGCUGCGAGCCCCUCGGGUCCCCGCGGCGCGCGCUCCCGGCCGGUCCCCGCCGCCUCGGGCCUCGGAGGCGCGCGGCGUCCCCUCCCUCCGCCCGCCCGCGCGCGCGCGGCCCCUUCCUCUGCCUCGGGCUGCGCCGCGACCGUCUGCCGUGACGCGCGCCCCCUCCUCCCGACCCAUCCCGCCGCCGCUCCAGCAGGAGAGUGUCCCAGUGUCCAGCUACCAGCAGGCAGGAACUCCUGCCGACCUGAAGAGGGAGAUUGCAAGGCUGGGGAUCAACAUGCUUUUGAAGAUGAUAUUUGUGGAUAACUUUGUGCAUGGAGACCUUCACCCUGGGAACAUCCUGGUCCAGGGUGCUGAUGGAUUGUCCCCAAGCCUGGAGACGCAACAGCAGCAGGUGAACGUCCGUGACACACUGGUGGCUACCCUAGCGCCUGCCCUGUGCCCACUGCGUCUGGUCUUGUUGGAUGCUGGCAUUGUGGCAGAGUUGCAGGCUUCAGACCUGAGGAAUUUCCGGGCAGUCUUCUUGGCUGUAGUUCUGGGGCAGGGCCACAGAGUAGCUGAACUCAUCCUGCAUCAUGCCCGGGCCAAUGAGUGCAAGGAUGUGGAAAGGUUCAAGGCUGAGAUGGCUACACUGGUGACCCAGGCCCGGGAGAACACCAUGACACUGGAAAAGCUUCAUGUCUCCAGCCUCCUGUCCAGUGUUUUUAAGCUGCUGAUGAUCCAUAAGGUAAAGCUCGAGAGCAACUUUGCCUCCAUUGUGUUCGCCAUCAUGGUGCUGGAGGGGCUUGGCCGCUCGCUGGACCCCAAGCUGGACAUCCUGGAGGCAGCAAAGCCCUUCCUGCUCAGAGGAGGAGGGUUCCUGUGACUGUGGCAGUGAGCACACAGUGAAGGCAGAUCCUGACGGUCUGUCCUGUGGCAGCUGAGACAUCUAAAAUUGGGAUGUGUGGCAGAAAUGUUACUAAUUACCCGGUGACCUAGCUUCACGGUCUGUUUGAAAAAUUUGGGGUUAUUUAGGGUACAAAGGAGGGAGCUGAAACUGGUGCCAGAGACACCAUUUCAGGAAAAGACCCUGCAGAAGAAGACAAAUACAUUGACUUAUUUUGUU